CCCUCUGGAUUUAGAGCAGUGUUCCCUCAAAGUGCUGGAGCCAGAAGGAAGUCCCAGCUGGAGUCUCCUGAAGCUGCUGGGAGAUCGGGGUUGCACUGUGGUGGAGCUUGCGGAGUUCUUGCAGGCCCUGGAGCAUACAGAGGCUCUCCAGAUUCUCAGCCAUUCAGGUAUAAAGAUUGUUGUACAGCCAGACUCUCAAGCAGUGCUCUCUGGUCAGGUUGUCAAGCUGUGUUGUUGGGCAACAGGACACCCAUUUGUCCAUUACCAGUGGUUCAAGCAGGAAAAAGAGGUUCCCCAGGGUAAUUCUCCAGAGCUGGUGUUGAAUCCGGUGAAUGUUAAUGAUUCUGGAUUUUACAUCUGUCGAGUGAACAGUGAAUCGUCCUUUGUGUUCAGUCGGUGGGCACGUCUUGAAGUUUGUGAUCUCCAGGGUACAUCUCAUGGGAGUUUAAUUGGUUUGCCUGAAAACAAGUUGCACAUUUGUAUUCAGCCUCAGCCACAAAACCUGACAGUGGGGGAUGCUUUGAUACUAGAAUGUGGAGCUGUUGGAAACCCAAUUCCUCAUUACCAGUGGUUCAGAAAUGGAAUUCCCUUGGCAAAUGGGAGCAAAAAUGUCUACAUGGUAACUUAUGUGGAUGUGGAACAUCAAGGGACAUAUUGGUGUCACGUAUUCAAUGACCGGGAAGAUCAAGACAGCAACAAGAUAGAAGUCGUUAUAGGAAGGAAAGCUAUGGCAGUGGAAUGCACAGAAGAAGAUCUGAGUGAUCUUCAAAUACCAGACCUACAAGAACAGUCAGAUCACAGACCUGUUGCAACAGACAAGGUAGCUCUGUUAAUAGGAAAUAUGAGCUACUGGAAUCACCCCCAACUCAAGGCUCCGAUGGUAGAUGUCUAUGAAUUGACCAAUUUGCUAAGACAGAUGGAUUUCAAAGUUGUUUCUUUGCUGGAUCUUACUGAGUCCGAGAUGCGAAAUGCAGUGAAUGAAUUUUUACUUCUCCUGGACAAAGGAGUAUACGGUUUGUUAUACUAUGCUGGCCAUGGCUAUGAAAACUAUGGAAACAGUUUCAUGGUUCCUAUUGAUGCUCCAAAUCCUUACCGAUCUGCAAACUGUCUGUGUGUGCAGAACAUCCUCAAACUAAUGCAGGAAAAAGAGACGGGACUUAAUGUGUUCCUACUGGAUAUGUGUCGGAAAAGAAAUGAAUAUGAUGACACAAUUCUUAUUUUGGAUGCUCUGAAGGUUACGGCCAACAUUGUUUUUGGAUAUGCAACGUGCCAAGGAGCAGAAGCUUUUGAAAUUCAGCAGUCAGGGUUGGCCAAUGGAAUCUUCAUGAAGUUCUUGAAGGACCGUUUGUUAGAAGACAAGAAGAUUACUGUGCUGCUUGAUGAGGUUGCAGAAGAUAUGGGCAAGUGUCACCUUACCAAAGGCAAGCAAGCUCUGGAGAUCCGCAGCAGUUUGUCCGAGAAAAGGGCACUGACUGAUCCCAUUCAACAAACCGCGUCUUCUGCAGAGUCUCUGGCACGGAACCUACAGUGGGCCAAAGCUCAUGAGCUUCCAGAAAGUAUGUAUCUUGAAUUCAAAUGUGGUGUUCAGAUUCAGUUGGGAUUUGCAGCCGAGUUUUCCAAUGUCAUGAUAAUCUACACACGAAUAGUGAAGAAGCCACCUGAAAUAGAAGUUUGCAGAGCCUACGUUACAGACUUCGCACUCGACCUGGAUGUGGAUCCUAAAGAGGCCAAUAAAGGAACUCCUGAGGAAACUGGAAGCUAUUUAGUGUCAAAGGACCUUCCCAAACACUGCCUCUACACCAGGCUAAGUUCACUGCAAAAACUAAGGGAACACUUGAUCUUCACUGUUUGCUUGCACUAUGAGUAUCCAGGAAUAGAAGAUACAAUGGAUGAAAGAAAGGAAGUUAAUGUUGGGAAGCCCCUGAUUGCUAAAUUAGGCCUUCAUCAUGGAUUCAAAAAUAGUAACUGUCUCCAGACCUGUUGCAUGGCUAAUAAUCCUUUUCAUAAUCAAAUAGAAUCAAGUCCAGUGGCAACUAAGUACUACAUCCCUAGUCACUGCCAACCAAAUUCCUCUCCAGGCCUUUACCAUCCAAACCGUGUUUCCUCAAACAGCACCAGACAACCAGAGCCAUGCUCUUGCAAUGGGACUGCAAAGAUACUAGCUUCUAGACAUGAAGUACGGAAUUACUCACCCCCCGUGGAAGAGAGUAAUGUACCAGUAGAGACCACUGAUGAUACUGUUGAACUGGAAUUCCUUCUCUCUGACAACCUCAGAUUCUCUAAACAGCAGUAG